UAGUAAUACGUGAAGAAAAAUGGCGAGUGACGACGAUAGAAGUCGCAGAAAACGAAAUUCUAGUCGCAAUGGAGAUCCCGAUUUGGUCGAAAAAUGCUUUGGUGUUUGGUCUAAAAGCGUGAAAGUUCAUAAAGUCGUAGAGAAUGAACUAGAAAGUAUCUGCAAUGGUAUCCAUGUUGUGUCGAUAAGACAAGGUGCUGACCUUACCAAGGAGAAACUUAGUAGAACAAGGGGACUUCUGAUUGCAGUUCGUGCAACAGAUACACCUGCUGAGCGAAGCAGUCCCAAAGUUUAUGAUCAUACAUACAUCAGAGUUGAAAGAGAUGAAGCUGACGACAAACUUCAGAAAAAUGGUAGCAGACACGCAAACGAAACAAAUACUGCGAAUGAACAAGUUGAAUCUCUAACGGAAAGAGCGAGAGAUGUCAUCAAGAAAACAACUCCCAAGAAAGACGAGAAAGAGAAAGACUUUAAACAGAAAAGGAGAGAAAUAAUUAAACAGCAAAGACAUGAAAAGGAAAUUGAACAAAGAGAGGAAAAACUGGGUGUGAGACCUGAAGAAAUUUUGUGGACUGGAUUUCGCAGCAUAAUGGAUAGAUUUGCAAACUGCUAUGAAAUAAGUGGCAGAAUUCUGUCUUACUGUCAUCCAAUUGAGAAAAUUGGCCAGAUUGUUGGGUUCGCAGAAAGAUGUAUAAAGAAUGCUGGAAGAAAAUUUUUGGAUGGCAAUGAUGAUAAGAAAAAGAAAUGACAAAUAAUAAGUAGUUAAUUUUGUGUCUAGCAGAACAUUUCAGGGACAUAUACAGUGCAAAAUAAGGAGAAGUCACCACUGCAGUGCCUUGAGUUUUUUGUGCAGCACUCUCUCAGCCUUGUUAGGGAUGUACAAAUGUCUUUUAGCUUGUCUACAGACCUGCCUUGGGUAUUUUGGGCUUUUAUUUAUUAGAUGCCAAGAGAAGAAAUUGCAAAUUAUUAUCUACUAAAAAAGGAAAUUUGACCUGAUGAAGAUUCUUUGAAUUUGAGUGUUUUAGCAAACCUGAAUUUGAAGGUUUGUGUGGGCAUGUACCAAGAACCCCCCCCUAGCUAAGCCAUUCCUCUCUUUUCUGGUGUAUCAAAUAACUCAGGUUCUUGAGUUUUUGUUUUCUCCUUCAGCCAUAACUAAUGGCUGUGAACAGAAUAUGCCAUUCAGAACUUGGUGUGUGAAGCUUGGGAUUGAUAAUGUUAAUUCUUUUGACAACACAUUUAUCAUUGAUGUAACUUGACCAUUUUGCAUAGAUAAAUUCAAGUGAAAGUCAGAACACUCUUAGCACCAGAAUGUUAUUGAUCUGAUUAGAAAUCAGACAACUAAACAACAGACAGGUUGAAGUGCUUUGAAUUUUGCUAUUAGCGGUAAUGAGGCCAGGUUUUAACCAUGUAACUUCUGGUUAAGUGUAUCAAGUAGGUGGGAAAAGUUAAACAUAAAAUUGAAACAAAGAAACAAAUAUUAAAUAAAUGUUUUAUUAAUCA